CGACACCAAAGGGCACGAGACAUGCCGUUCCCUGCGCGCCUCGCGCCGCCGGCCACCGCUGCGGCCGCUACCGCCGCAGCUGUGCUCGCCGCCGUCGCCCUGCGCCGGUACCUCUCCUCCCGCUCCCGCGCGGCCGCGGCCGCGCAUAGCACCAGCUGCGCCCCAGCCGCCACCACGUUCCUCGUGCUCUCCGGCAAGUCCCCCCAGGACCAGCAGCUCCUCGCCUCCUCCGCCGGCGAUCUCUCUCUGGCGGAGGAGGUUGGGGGCGAGCUCGCCGUCUCCCUCGCGCUCGACGCCGGCGGGGACGCGGGCUUCGACGCGGCCGCCUACAUGGGCGCGCUCCGGGCGGGGCGCUUCGGGAGGUGGAUGCUCUGGUCGCCGCGGAUGGCGUCCACGCACGACCUCGUGACGCAGAACUUCGCCAAGCUUCCGGUAGGCGUCGUGUGCGUCACAGACGUGCAGUUCAAAGGCAGAGGAAGAUCGAAGAAUGUGUGGGAAUCACCUCCAGGUUGUCUCAUGUUCUCGUUUACAUCACAGAUGAAUGAUGCACGCAAACUUCCCCUUAUGCAAUAUGUCGUUUGCCUUGCCAUGACCGAAGCCAUCAAAGAUUUGUGUUGUGCUAAGGGACUUCCAGAGCUAGAUGUAAGGAUAAAGUGGCCUAAUGAUCUAUAUCUGAAGGGGUUAAAAGUUGGUGGUAUUCUUUGUACCUCAUCAUAUGAGCCGAAAGUCUACAAUAUUUGCACUGGUAUUGGUUUAAAUGUGGGCAAUGAAAAGCCUACUACAUGUUUGAACGCUGCACUCCAGGAACUAAAGGCUAAUUCACCAAGACUUAAACGAGAAGACAUACUAGCAUCAUUCUUCAACAAAUUUGAAGUUCUUUUUGAUAUUUUCUCAAAUCAAGGAUUUCAGGCCCUCGAGGAGCAAUACUACAACUCAUGGCUUCACAGUGGCCAAAGAGUUGUCGUACAGGAUGCGAACGAAGGCCAGUCUGUGAACAGUGUGGUCACGGUUAAGGGGCUAACUCCAAGUGGCUAUUUAUAUGCCGUUGGAGAGGACGGCAAAAGCUAUGAGCUGCACCCUGAUGGUAACAGCUUUGAUUUCUUCACAGGGUUGGUGAGGAGAAAGAUGGAUGCAUAGCGCGUUGACAGUUAUCAUAGACACAAAUCUUGUUCUCCAGAGAUAUCAGAGUUAUCUUCUCAUGGCAGAUUACUUAUGGGAAGCUGGUUUCUCAAAAAAAAAAAAAAAACUAUGCGAAGCUGGCCUCAACUGAAGCUGUUACAAACUCAGCGCUACUGCACGGACCACCUGUUCAAAUAUAAUGCCCUUGACGGGAUCCUGCGGGACAUGAGGAAUUCAUGAGCCAGGCCUGGAGGCUGAGGCACAGGACUUUGCUGAAUCUGAAUUUAGCAUGGGCCGACAAAUCAGGAGCGAACCGAGUGAAAGAACUGUAGGAAAAGGGCAGAAUCUCUGAAGACAGUCCAAGGUUAUUUUAGUUUGAAAACGGUGUGCUCUGUAUGCUUGUGUGUCUGUAACAAGGGCUGAGUCUGUGAGUUACUGUAAAAACUACAUUGAGCGCAGUUUUUGUGGAGGUUGAAAUGAGUGCAAGAGCUGAGCUAUGCCUUUUUUUUUA